AUGGCUGUUCGAUCUCUCGCCGCGACUCUCUUCUUGGCCGCCUCGGCCUUUGGCAAGACUGACCUUGCCGGCUGCACCUACACCGACACCGUCGUCCAGCCCAGCGGCCUGCCCGGCUACGACGCCUACGCCAGCCGUAUCUGGUACGUCCCCGGCACCGGUGAGCUCUGCGACAUCCUGGACUGCGGUGGCGGCCGUGCUCCCCCCAAGACCGAUGUCCCCGGCUGCCCUCUGUACUCGGGCACCGCGACCUACUCGCCUAGCUACCUCGACCUCAAGACCCAGGCUGUCGAUGCUGCCGCUACGUCCUCCGUCGAGGCCUCGGCUACUGGCGCCGGGACCCAGGUGACCGUCAAGGCCACCGCCCAGGCCACGACUCUGGCUACCUCUGUGGCCGUUUCCGAGUCUGCCCCGGCCGCCAACACUGCUCCCACCACCGCGGCUCCCGUCGUCUCCAGCGCCUCAUCCACGGCCACAGCCUCCAAGGGUCUUUCCACUGGCACCCCUGGCACCCCUGGCCGCAACGGUACCUCGUCUGGCGCUCACCCAAGCAGCACCGUUCCCGCCAACGGUGCUGCUCCUACCGCUGCCGGCGUCCUCGGAUCCGUCCUGGCUGUUGGUGUUGCCGCCGCUGUUGCAAUGCUGUAA